UUUGCUAGAAAGGUCUUGUGAGUUUUGAUCCUGUGUGCUCACAAGUCACUGAAGAGAGUAUCUGGAAUUGCAUUCCUUAACAGUUAUAUUGGUCUUGAAUUGCAGCAAAAUUUCCAAUUCAGAGUAAGACAAUAAAGGAGAAAAAAAAGCAACUGAAGCUACAAAACUGGAAACAAGAAAGUCUGAAUUAAAAGCAGGCUGAGCUAAUGGAUCUCACAGAAAACCCUGAGAGCUUAUACAACUCCACAAAACUUACUGAAGUGGACAGCGUGUGUAUAAGAGACAAUGUUGCACACCGGGUGGUGUUUCCAGUGCUCUACACAAUUCUCUUCAUUGUGGGGAUUUCCCUAAACAGCUUGGCUGCCUGGGUGUUCUUUCAAAUCCCCAGCAAAUCCAACUUCAUCAUCUAUCUGAAGAACAUUGUGGUCGCUGACCUUCUCAUGACCCUGAUGUUUCCCUUCAAGAUCCUCCAUGAUUCCAAACUGGGUCCUGAAUACCUUAAAAUAAUCGUCUGCCAGGUGACCUCUGUGGUCUUUUACUUCACCAUGUACAUCAACAUUAUACUCUUCGGGUUAAUAAGCAUCGAUCGCUAUCAGAAAACAGUGAGUCCGUUUAAAAAUGCUAAAACAUUGGGCUUACAGUAUGUAAAAGUCCUGUCAGCAGCCAUCUGGGCCUUUAUGUUUUUCCUUUCCCUACCAAAUAUGAUUCUGAUAAAACGGGAGCAUGUUUCUGAACAUUUCAAGUGUGCUUCCUUGAAAACAGAGUUUGCGUUAAAGUGGCACGAAGCCGUGAACUAUAUUUGUCAGAUUAUUUUCUGGGGCAAUUUAGCUGUAGUUACUUUUUGCUAUGUUUUAAUCACUAAAGAACUGUACAACUCAUACGCCAGAACCAAAAGCACUAACAAAAAGGGUAGGAAAACUAUCAAAAUGAAUGUAUUUCUAGUUUUAGCAGUCUUUUUUAUUUGCUUUGUGCCAUACCAUUUUUCACGCAUCCCCUACACCAUAAGCCAGACGAGAGAGAUGUUUCAGUGCUCACUCAAGAUCGCCUUGUUUCAAGUGAAGGAAGGCACGCUGUGGCUGUCCUCUCUCAACUCAUGCCUUGAUCCCCUGAUCUACUUUUUUCUCUGCAAUUCAUUCAGAAAGUCCUUUUUUAAAACACUGAAUCUAACUUUCUUCAGGUGCUUUUCAACCAGAAAGAAAGCACAGAAACGCUCCACUGAAGAGACGACUCCUGAACCUAGUUCUGUCUAGAAGAAUUGUGACCAGUCGAUACAUCCAGUUCUGUGUACAGAACUAACAAUGCAAUGCUCUUCCUUUAAUACCAGUUUUUUAGAUUUUUUUAAGUUAUUUUAAAUAAAUUUGGCAUUCAGUAUUACACGUUAAGGUGUAAUUUUGUGAGACUAAACAGACUGAACAGUCCUGGACAAUCUGAUCAUGUGAAUCCAGCGCACCCCCCUGCCCUGGAACGUGUUCUGCUUGAUGAGCCGCUCCAAAUAUUCAAACAUGUCUGAGUCCCGCAGGUACUGCACAGUCUCCACAUUCUAAUAUUACAAAUAAAUGACAAACUCUACUUGCAUCACUAGCAAAUAAAAUGAAUGCAGUCUGUACUGUGUAAGCGAAAGGUUUAUAUUUAACCCAUAAUAUUAUAGUUUAUUGCAUACGACAUUUUUAACAGUAGCCUAUGUAUAACUUAUUUUUAUAGCUACUUCUGAAUAACACUGGCUACUUGGUUUGAUUAUGACUAUAAAUCCCAAACAUAAAUCUUAAACCAUAGUAUUAAACACAGCACAUCCCAAAAUCACUGUUAGAACAGAAAUCGAGCAAAAAGGCUAAAACCUGUUCCUGUUCCACAGAGAGCAAGCGGAACGCGUCGCAGUCUGUUCUACUCAUAAAAUUCCACCUUUAGUAUAACUUUUUUUAAAUUUUUUUUACUACUGCUAAAUGUUUAACUUUUGCAUGGACUUUUAUCUCCGAUUUCCCCAAAUCGCUGCAUAAUAAGACGGCUGGCAUGUCUUUCACUUCUGGAGUCCUGGGUUAAAAUUUCACAAGUGAAAUUACUUUGCUGGCAUCAGAUGAGUCUGUGGAACAAUCCAGCACAAUUAUUUGUCUGUGCUAGAUAGAGGUGCAGGACUGCAUGGCACACACACACACACACACACACACACACACACACACACACACACACACACACACACACACCAUAUAUGCAUACGGUUUAUACAUGCUUGCAUACAUACAUACACACUUUUCAACCACUCUAAUUGCUGCAGCAUUGUGUUAUUUCCUAUAAAUAGAUCAGUGGUUUGGUAAAUGCAUAUUCAUUUGACAGCAACAUUGCUCAGCCACCAUUACUAUCACAGCCCUAGAUUCCAAAAGCAGUCUUUUGCAAUCAUUUGUUGUCUUAAUGUGAAGAAACACUGUAAUCGAUAAUAACAGAGGGUUGUGUGGAAGUCUGUAGGAUGCAUUUACACCCUGCCUUUGUUAAAAAACCUGUAUAUAUUACACAUCAAUAAAAUUUAAAACUGGUGAGAGAAUUGACCUGGGGGCGUGUACAGGAAUAUAAUUAUGGGUAAACUCAAUGAAAAGUGAUGCCAGUUCCUUUUAUGGGAUGAAUGGUUAAUGAUCUGGAAUCUAUUCCUGAAGUGCUCUGAGCUCAGACUGUUUGCAAAGGCUCUAGUGGGGUAUUAUUAUGUAACUGUUAAUGCAUGCAGUACAGAUUUAAUUGACAUAAUAAAUAUCGUUCCGGAUGAAUGCGCUGCCCACUGAGCAGAAGAGCUCAUAAAAGAUGUCCAUGUGUUACCUCCUACCACAGCAAAGUCGAAGAAGGAGAAGGUCUAUUUGACUCCCGUAAUGUUGCUAUUUUAAAAUUAUAAUUGUGAGCCAACUAGAUAUGAAACUGGUGCUUUGACAGCUGCAGCUUUAAGUACCCUCAACUGGACUGGACCUGUUUUCUGAUCGCAUACAGUAUAAUGAAGCGGAAAAUGUGUUAGUGUGAACUGUGCUGAAUCAAACAAACUGAAGCCAUUGAGGAAGACUUGGAUUUGAGUGCAGCUUUUCUUAAACUAAAACUGAUUCUUGAUUAACACAAGGGGGGAGUACAUUAGACUGGCACCCCCGACAGGGGAAGUACUGUGUAAGUAACUCAAGCACUGUACACAGCUGCAAAGCUGUUUAGUUUGGGCUGUCUGAAUUGUUUUUUUGCUAUACUUUCUGGUUUCAAUGUUACUUUAUGUAUUUAAAUAACGUGCUGAAGAAAAAGAUUUCAGAAUACACAGCUAGUAACAAUUUCUAAAAAAAAAAAAAAAAAUUGAUUGUCAAAGGACACAAGUGUUUUCAAUGUGCUUGUAAAGGUCUAAUAAGUUGGUAAAACUGUAUUAACUUGAGUCACUAACUUGCAUUGUGUUAUACUCAGCUGGGGUCUGUGGUAAAUUGUCUAUUUGUGUAGCUGACAUAUUAUCCACAUUAGGGAGGAGAACUGUGCAAGAGACAAGAAAAACUAUAUUGUGCAGUCAGUGAAAGCAGACUGAGAGCAAGGCAAGGAAAUGGUUCUGCUUAUCCACGGUGCUUCAUAGAAACACAGAACAACCCACAUCGCUUUCAAACUGGCAUGAGUUCAGCAUUUCAUGAAAACGCAUGCAAAACACAAAUGUAGAAUAACUCAUCACGUGCUAUACUAAACAACAAAGGACUUAUUUGUUUGUUAAGCAGUGCAAACUGUCUUUACUCCCUCUUCCUGUUCAGCUAUUCUGAGAACUCUGUCUCACAUGAACAGGAGAAAAAAGACAUGUGAUUCCAAAAGACAUGUGAUUCAGCACCAAAUCCAUGCACCAAAUCCAUCUCCAGCACCAAAUCCAUGAUACGUGUACAAAGUAACCUUUUCCAAAAUGCCAUAGUUUAAAGAUCAGUGAUGUGAGGACUAAACCCAUUGUACAUCACUAU